UCAAGGAUAAUAUAUAAAUUUGAAUCUGCAUAUGUCUUCAUAGGUAUUUGAUAUUGAUUAUACUCCACUGCCUGCUCUAGUCUGCAGGUAUGUAUCGGUGCUAUUUAUUCAGCAAGAGGAAAACUCAGAAAUGUCAGGCUUCCAUUAAAAAGGUUUGCAUCCUUCAAGCACACUUCACCUGAGAAAUCUCACAUCAGCAACUCCUGAUCAUUCUGAAACAUGCUUGAGAAAAUUCCUGCUAACAAGCUUCUGAAGGACAAUUGAGUGCAAUCAAACUGAAGGGUAGUUCAUGCCAUGUCUUCCCUUUAGUCUGAGACAGCUAACUUCUCAUUAAAGGCCCGGUUAAUAAAACCAUGCAAGAUCAUCUUCCAGGUUUUCUGCACAUGCCUGAGCAAGCAAAGCCUUCAAAAACAACCGUAAUCUGGAAACAAACCCUGCUUCCAUCUGGUUUUCCACCUGGUCUGGAAUACUUAAGACAGUUGGAUCAGAUCAUUAUUCACCAGCAAGUGGAGCUUCUUCAAGUUAUACUCGGAACUGAAACCUGCAGUAAAUAUGAGAUAAAAAAUCACAUGGGGCAAAGAGUUUAUUAUGCUGUGGAAGAAAAUGGUUUCUUUGAUCGGAACUUCUGUGCACCAUUACGGUCUUUCACCAUAAGAAUCACAGACAAUACUGGUCAAGAGGUGAUAACUGUGAACAGACCUUUAAGAUGUAGUAGCUGUUUGUUUCCAUGCUAUCUUCAACAGUUAGAAGUUCAGUCACCUCCUGGAACCACAAUUGGCUACGUUGUGCAGAAAUGGGACCCCCUGCUACCAAUAUUUACAAUCCGGAAUGGGAAUAAUGAAGAUGUGUUGAAGAUCACAGGUCCUUACAUCACAUGCGGUUGCUUUGGAGAUGUUGAUUUUGAGGUAAAAUCUUUAAAUGAUAUGUCAACUAUUGGCAAGAUUUCUAAGUAUUGGUCUGGAUUUGUCAAUAACAUAUUUACUAAUACAGCCAACUUCGGCAUUCAGAUUCCUGUGGACCUUGAUGUAAAAAUCAAAGCUGUGAUGAUUGGUGCUUGCUUUCUCCUAGACUUAAUGUUCUUUGAGAAUUCCUUGGAUGGAUUGUAACAAGCAAGAUGAUAGGAAUAAUAAAAUAUGCAAACGACAUUUCACGGUCCCUUGAGCACUGGAUAUUACUUUUGAACUAUACAAUCUGAUUUUUUUUUUGUAAGGGGAGGGGGCAGUAAUCAUGAUUAUUACACUAUAACUUAUGUAAAUAAUUGUUUUCUUCUUUUAAUUGUGGGGUGGUUGUUAACUAUUUUACUGUGAGUGUGUUCAACAUUGCUUUGGAGCGGCUGCAAUUCUCUUUGGGUUCCUUUGAUGUUAUUGCAUUAGAAAACAUGAAAGAUUAGAACUCAGACGAGCAGCCCCACUGAUGAAAAGCUUUGAUUCACAACCCCCUUUGAAGUUUUGCAAGUGUUGGCCCCAGCUAUUAGCAAAAGAGAGAGCGAGAGUUUUAUUUCCUUAUAUCCCAAGAAGCUUCAGAUUUAGAGUUCAAUUAACAGUAACUAACAGAGACAUCAUCUACUGGGAAAGUUUAAGACAGUGAUCUCUUGGGACAAUGGUGGAUGAUGGUAUAAAUUGCUCAAAUUUAAGGGAUGCAUAAACAAUACAGUAUCUUUUUAAAGAUCUACAUUGACAAGCUUGGAUUCCCCCCCACCCCAUGCAAUAUGUGAAGAAGUAUAACGCAUGAAAUGCAAUACAUAAAAUGCACAAGAUGGCAAGGAUAUUUGAUUGACAAUUGUGACUCUGAAAUUUAUUUCUUAUUUAUUAAAUUUCUACUCUGCUCAUCAUACUUGCAUGCUUCUGGUGGUUUACAGACAAAUAUACGCUUCCUUUGACAUUGUUAUUCUAUCUGCACAUAAGAAUAGCCAUGCAGAACAAGCUCAGGCUUAUCUUCUUCCAAUAUUUUGUUGAUCACUACAAUGGUCUGUAGGAAUAUCCUUUGGAGACAGGAGGAGGAAAGACCAGGGCCAUAGUCAGAUAAGAUACAUUUCAGCCCACAGAAGGAACAGGGUGUGGAAAGCAUCUCAGAGGGGACCCUCCCUAGUUCCCUGCAAAGUAAAGGCAAGGGGGUAGAGAGAUGCUUUAACAUUAACAUGAUUUUGUUUCUGUAACCUUACAAUAAAGGUAGCGUUACUAC